AUGUCGUCCCAGGGAAAUCGCAAACCAGUUUUGUCAGCUAGUCAGAGGAAUAUCAUCAAGUACUGUAUUGACAAUGCCAAAGAUGACAUAGCUGAUCGAAUAAUACGACGGGCGGUGGAAAGGAAGGAAGAUUUCAAGUAUUUCUUGGACAAUCUGCCAAGGGUGAGUACUGUAGCAUGGUGGUGGCUUUCCAUCGUAACUGAGAUAAAAUUGCGUAAUUUUAAUACAAUUGGUGAAAUCAAUUAA